AAAAAUGGUAGCUGCAGCUACAUACCCACCUGGGAUUUUCAAAAGACUGAAGAGGUUAGAUGUGCAGAUCCUCAUGCUGACAACAGUGCAUUGCCUGGUAAGAACAAGGGGCAUGAAACAAAAUGAGUAGUAAAAAUGAUUGGGUUAGUGUUGCCAAUGAGCUUUUAAGGAGCUGUCACAUAAACCAUCAUAUAAGUAAUCUCACAGAAUGUGGUGUUGAUGUGUUUGUUCAUCUUUAUGAGUCAAUACUAGGAGAAGAAGUACCAGAUUUCAUAACUACUCCUAGAAGCCAAGAGGAUGAUGCACAUAAUGUACAAGCAGUAAUAGAUUCCCUGGCAUUGGACUAUUUGCAGGUCAGCCUGUCUCACAUCACAGGUGAGAACAUCGUGAAAGGAGAAAGAGAAUCUAUCAGAAACCUCCUUGAAAUUUUUGAUGGCUUGUUAGAGUAUCUUACAGAAGAAGCCAGUGAAUCCUCUUCUCAAAGUGGAGAUGAGACACAUCUGCUAUCCAAUAAUGGAAUUCCAAUUGCACCUCUAGAGCAGCUGGAAAGCAAUGCUGGUCACCUUACCCAACCAUCAACAUCCUCAUCAGGGUCCGAGUCAGAAUUUUUUGUUCCAUCUUGUGAUGUAGAUGGAUCAGAAUCUACAAGUGAAUUAAUCAGGCUUGGAGAUACUGCUCAUUCAUUCUCCAAGAGAGAGGAAGAAUUCCAGUUGCCUGAAUUUUUACCAGCAGAGAAGGAAAAGGGAGUGGAAGACUGUAAAACCUCUGAGGCUGUUGCAGCAUUGCCUGCAGAGUUCUGUGAAAUGGAAAGGGCCAUUGUAAAGGAAAAGGAAGAUGGCUCAGUGAAGUUUGUCUGUCCUAAUGAACCUCGAAAAGAGAGCCUGAGAGCCAAUGCUACAAAACUUGGGGAGCCUAUACUGCAAGCUGUCCCCUUGCUACCACCAUUUCAGCCUUUGGAAGCCAGACUUCCUUGUCCUGGAUGGAGAGAUUAUCAGAGCUCAGACAGCCAGGCAUCAGCUUUGACUAGCAGUCAAGAAGUAAAAAUUCCUACUUUUGGAAAGUCGCUUACAGAAAAGUCUGAAGACAUUUCUGGUAGUCUUCCUCUAUCAAGGAAAAUCCCUGGCACAGUGCAGUCUAUGCCAUCGGCUAACCCUUACCUGUCAUCUGCUUCUGCAGUGGGAGAGCAGGGGGUAUUAAACGAUGCUGAGGACACCGUGGCAAAGGUUCCGUGGGUUUAUGGGACUUCAUCUGCUUCCUCUUCACAUCAACUCUCACUGCGUGCUGACCAAGUAACACAGACUCCAAGACUUGACUCUCAGUAUCUGCCUAGAAAGCAAAGCAGAUACAAAAAUUCUUCCACACAUUCCCUUGAAGAGUCUCCAUCCCACAGAACAACCAAGGAAAUGCUGUCUGAGCACGAGCUUCAGGAACUGUCAGAAAAGUUGUCUCGCCGCUUACACGAACUGUAUGUGAUGUCAGAGAGAGCUUUGGGUAGGCACAGCAGAGAAGCUGAGCUGACAGAUGAGGACAGCCUCUCUCAGCACAGUGACAGCGUCAUGGACUGUUGCCGAAGGAAAGCUGAGCGAGACACACCACAUCUGAAGUACCAAAGCAGGCCACGAUCCCUUUCUCCAUCCUCACCUUCAUCUCAGCAUCAGCUCUCUUCUGAGCUGGAAGAUAAACUUUGCAGCAAUGGAACAGGCCAAGUAAGGAAAAUACGCAGCCAGUUGCAAAGGGAAAGGGAUGAAAGCACAAAAGCAGCAAAGAUGGUUAGAAAAGUUUAUGAAGAUGAACUAAGAACUUAUGAAGCUACAGAGAGGCUUAGACUUUCCAAGCUCAGAGAAGGCAUCAAGGAAGUGGAACAAGAACACAAAGAAAACAUCUUUCAAGAACCUCCAAAAAUGCCUCAGCCUGUGAAAGUUUAUUCUAGAAAACCCACACCUCGGAAUCCCAAACACAGCCAGUGGAUUCCAAAACGAGGGACUGUGAAGCCAAAGAAAGCAGCUCUAAUGAAAGUAAGAGAUGAUGAUCUCCUCCUCCAGCUACUGGAAGAGUUUCCCCACCUGCAUAUUUCCCAUCCUACCAUGAAAAAAAUGUGGCAGCAGCAGCUUUCACAGACUGAACAACUUAAACCAGCUUCUGGCAGAACCAGAGCAAAAUUCCAAAAUGAAGUUCAACAAGCUCUGAAGAAGCAAGAGCUUCUUGUUGGCCUUAUUAAAAAAGAUCAGGAGCAUAAUAGGAGACUGCAAGAAUUCAAGCAGCGCAUCAGGCGACAGAAGUGGGCUCAGAACAAGCUGAGGGAGAAACGGCAGCAGGUUGCCCGAGCCAGGAAAUAUUAUGAAGACUACCGGCAGCAGCUGCGCGCCAAGAUGAUGCGUGCUCGGACACGUGAGGAGAGGAUAUUUAAAAACUUAUUUGAAGAAGGCUUAGAAAUUCAGAAGCAGAGACUGAAGGACCUGAGAGCAUAUGCUCAGGAGAAGCGUGCUGAGCAAAGGAGAGAGCAUCAAAAUGAGUUGGAGUCUAUGGAGAACUAUUACAAAGCUCAGUUUUCCAUGCUAGCAGAAGCUUUAUCUCAGGAACACCAAGCAAUGCAGAGCAGAGAGAAGGCACAAGCACAGAUGUUACAGAAAACAAAGAGAGAGUUGAGAUCAAGGAUGGAAAAGGAGAUAGAGCAACUGCAAGCAGCAAUAAUGCAGAGUGAUGAGGACACUUUUUUCCAGGAGCUGGAAGCAGACAGGCUCAAGUCCAGGCUCCAGACAGCUUCCUUCCAGUACAGCAAGAGCUGGUUGGAGUGAGCUGUACAGCAAAGAGUGCUGUAGUUCUCUGCCUAAGGGGAUGAGAAUGAGAGCUGCUGUGGGGCUGGUUUACUCUGAAGUAUCUGCUCUAUCAUUUUGCCAUCAGAGCUGUGGUUGCUGGAAGGUGGGACCUCUAUAGCAUUUUUAUGAUCACUAAUAAAGUGUUUGAACUACUGUCUGCCUUCUGAGCAAAGCUGAGAUAAUGUUGAGCCACAGCCUGAGACCAAGGCAGCGCCUG